GUCAGAGUGUAUCGGCCAGUCAGAGAGAGUCUGCGCGCUGCUGGAGCACCGGGAUAUAUUAUACAUCAUCAUCCAGAAGAACACACCGCCGCUGGAGCUCCAGAAUCCCGCGGAGGAUACAGAACACACCGGCCGGCCAUGGAGAACAGCAGCCGCUACAGGAGCGCGCUCUUCGGCCACGGUGAGGAGCAGAGACGCGAUGAUGAGGACCAGGAUAAGGAGUAUGUGGGAUUCGCUACGUUGCCAAACCAGGUUCACCGUAAAUCUGUGAAGAAGGGCUUUGACUUCACACUCAUGGUGGCAGGAGAGUCAGGUUUAGGGAAGUCCACGCUGGUCAACAGUCUGUUCCUCACAGAUCUCUACAAAGACCGCAAGCUGCUGAACGCUGAAGAGCGGAUCACACAGACGGUGGAGAUCACCAAACAUACGGUGGACAUCGAGGAGAAGGGCGUCAAGCUCAAGCUCACGAUCGUGGACACGCCCGGCUUCGGGGACGCCGUCAAUAACACAGAAUGCUGGAAGUCAGUGGCAGACUACAUCGACCAGCAGUUUGAGCAGUAUUUCAGAGACGAGAGCGGGCUGAACCGGAAGAACAUUCAGGAUAACCGUGUGCACUGCUGCCUCUACUUCAUCUCACCGUUCGGUCACGGUCUCAGACCUCUGGAUGUGGAGUUCAUGAAGGCUCUUCAUGAGAAGGUGAACAUCGUCCCGGUGCUGGCCAAAGCAGACACACUCACACCGCUAGAGGUCAAGAAGAAGAAGAUUAAGAUUCGAGAGGAGAUCGAGCAGUACGGCAUCAAGAUCUACCAGUUUCCAGACUGUGAUUCAGACGAGGACGAGGAGUUCAAGCAGCAGGACCAGGAGCUGAAGGACAGCAUCCCUUUCGCUGUGAUUGGCAGUAACACUGUAGUAGAAGCCAAAGGCAAGCGGGUUCGAGGACGGCUGUACCCCUGGGGGAUCGUGGAGGUGGAGAACCCGGCGCACUGUGACUUCGUGAAGCUGAGGAAUAUGCUGGUGCGCACACACAUGCAGGACCUGAAGGACGUGACCCGGGAAACACACUACGAGAACUACAGAGCGCACUGCAUCCAGAGCAUGACCCGCAUGGUGGUGAAGGAGCGCAACCGCAAUAAGCUGACGCGGGAGAGCGGCACAGAUUUCCCCAUCCCCACAGCGCCCGGCGUCAGCGACAGCGAGACCGAGAAGCUGAUCCGGGAGAAAGAUGAGGAGGUACGGCAGCCGCCCCACACCCAGACGCAGGAGCAGGAGUGUGUGACGCAGGAGUGUGUGGACCAGGAGUGUGUGAUGCAUGACGAGUGUGUGCAGGAGAGUGUACAGGAGGAGUGUGUGAUGCAGGAAGAGUGUGUGCAGGAGGCUGAACACUGCGCUGAGCUCUGCUAACACUCACACACACACACACACACACACUCACAGCACUAACCUGUCUCUCUCUCUGGCGCCCUCUGGAGGAGCUCAGCAGCAGCGUGUGUGUGUGUGAUUUUGUGUGUCCUAACAUUGAGAACCAAACGUCCCCACAAGUAUAGCAAUACCAGUAAAUAUUGACGUUGUGGAGACCUGGUAUAAUACCAGUUAGUAUAACAAGUCAUAAAGCACACAGAGAGAAGUGUUAUGAACAUGCAGAAAUGCAGACUGUGUGUGUGUGUGUGUGUGAGUGUGUCUGCAUGUGUAUGUGCACUGGUUUUGAUGGUUUAUAAGGACUGUUUUCUGUAUUAUGUUAUGGUUAUGACCUAAUUGUACCCUAUAACUGGUUUAUAAGGACAUGCCUCGUGUGCUUGUAGUUACCUGCCUGACCUCACGAGGUGUUUGACAUCAAUAAUCCUCCACAGGUGUGUUGUGAGGGUGGGGUUUGGGGGAGGGGCUUAUAAUAAGCCACCUAUGGUCCUCUUAAACCUUCAAUACCAAUGUGUGUGUGCGCAUGUGCAUGUAUGUGUGUGUAUGAGUGUGUGUGUACUGGUGUCCUGAAGGCCUGCACACCUCUGGCUUCAUGCACUUUAAUCCUGCUUCUUCUCUUCCGCCAGCCUUACUAAGAAAUGUCCAGCAUGUCUUUACAUUCAUUAAUUAA